AUGGGUAAGGAAAAGUUGCACAUCAACAUUGUCGUUAUCGGCCAUGUCGACUCCGGCAAGUCGACGACGACUGGUCAUCUCAUCUACAAGCUGGGUGGGAUUGACAAGCGUGUGAUUGAGCGUUUCGAGAAGGAAGCCGCUGAGAUGAACAAGAGGUCCUUCAAGUACGCUUGGGUGCUGGACAAGCUGAAGGCGGAGCGUGAGCGUGGUAUCACCAUCGAUAUCGCUCUGUGGAAGUUCGAGACCAACAAGUACUACUGCACGGUCAUUGACGCUCCCGGCCAUCGUGAUUUCAUCAAGAACAUGAUCACGGGUACCUCGCAGGCUGACUGCGCUGUUCUGAUCAUCGACUCCACUACUGGUGGUUUUGAGGCCGGUAUUUCCAAGGACGGUCAGACCCGUGAGCACGCUCUGCUGGCGUUCACCCUCGGUGUGAAGCAGAUGAUCUGCUGCUGCAACAAGAUGGAUGCCACCACCCCCAAGUACUCCAAGGCUCGUUACGAGGAAAUCGUGAAGGAGGUGUCGUCGUACCUGAAGAAGGUCGGCUACAACCCCGACAAGAUUCCCUUCGUGCCCAUCUCCGGUUUCGAGGGUGACAACAUGAUUGAGCGCUCCACCAACCUGGACUGGUACAAGGGCCCCACCCUGCUGGAGGCUCUGGAUCAGGUGUCCGAGCCCAAGAGGCCGUCCGACAAGCCCCUGCGUCUGCCCCUUCAGGACGUGUACAAGAUCGGUGGUAUCGGAACAGUCCCGGUCGGUCGUGUGGAGACUGGUGUGCUGAAGCCCGGUAUGGUCGUCGUGUUCGCUCCCAGCGGUCUGACCACUGAGGUGAAGUCGGUGGAGAUGCACCACGAGUCUCUGCCCGAGGCUGGCCCCGGUGACAACGUUGGCUUCAACGUGAAGAACGUGUCGGUGAAGGAGCUCAAGCGUGGCUUCGUUGCCUCUGACUCCAAGAACGACCCCGCCAGGGAGGCUGCCAACUUCACCUCGCAGGUCAUCAUCAUGAACCACCCAGGCCAGAUCGGCAACGGCUACGCUCCGGUGCUUGAUUGCCACACGUCCCACAUUGCCGUGAAGUUCUCUGAGAUCAUCACCAAGGUGGACAGGCGUUCCGGCAAGGAGCUGGAGAAGGAGCCCAAGUUCGUGAAGAACGGUGAUGCUUGCUUCGUGAAGAUGGUACCCACCAAGCCCAUGUGCGUCGAGACCUUCUCCGAGUAUCCUCCUCUUGGUCGCUUCGCCGUGCGUGACAUGCGACAAACAGUGGCUGUCGGUGUCAUCAAGAGCGUCGAGAAGAAGGACCCCACCGGUGCCAAGGUUACCAAGGCCGCUGCCAAGAAGAAGUAA